CAAAAUUUUCUUCACUGUCAUUUGUCAGUGUUGAUUUGUCAACUUGAUUAAAAUUACGAAAAUAUCAACAAAUCAAACCAAUGAAAUAGUUGUGAAAUUUUGAUAUUAACUUAAUGUUAAGGUUUGUUUAAGUUAAGGUUUUGAAAAUAGAGUGAACAGUUUUUUAAACAUUUUAUAACGCUUAUCAAACGUAAUUUAAUUGUUAUUGAGACUACAUGUUUCGUGUUGUAACGUUUAUCUGAUUGUCUAUUUUAACUUUAAUUUGCUCACAUACCAGUUAAGUAACAGGUUUACAUCAAAAUAUUCUAAAAAAAUGACUACUACGACUGGAGGUGCACGAAAUUUUAAAGUAGUUCUUUUGGGUGACGGAUGUGUCGGAAAAACUUCAUUAUUAUUGCGUUACAUUGAAGAUAAAUUUAACGAAAAGCAUCUGACUACGCUUCAGGCCACAUUCUUAAAUAAAAGGUUGAAUAUUAAUGGAAAUCGUGUCAAUCUUUCCAUUUGGGAUACAGCUGGCCAGGAGAAGUUUCAUGCUCUGGGACCAAUAUACUACAGAAACUCUAAUGGUGCGAUUCUGGUUUACGAUAUUACUGAUGAAGAUUCAUUUAGAAAGGUAAAAAAUUGGGUGAAAGAAUUGAAGAAAAUGUUGGGAUCAGAUAUUAAUCUGGUAAUUGCAGGAAAUAAAAUAGACCUUGAACAUGAACGCACUGUUUCACUAGAAGAAGCAGAAAGCUAUGCAAAAUUAGUAGGAGCUAAACAUUAUUACACUUCAGCAAAAUUAAACCAGGGUGUUGAAGAAUUGUUUCUUGACUUGACUAGAGAAAUGUUGGAAAGACAAGAACACAAUACACAGACUGAAGUAAACAGAACAUCACAAGUUGUAGUAGUCGAUGAUGAGGUACCUGUGCAAUCAACCUGCUGUUCAGGACACAGGAGUUCCUAAAUUAAUAGAUUUUUUUGUAUUCAUAGUUUUCAUAUUUUAAACUAUAAAAAUGAAAAUAAUUUACAAUGUAUAUUAUGGUGGCUAUACAGAAAAAUAUUUAUAGUAAUUUAACAAUAAACAAGAUUACUUGUAAUUUUCCACUAAAUUUAAUUAUGUUAUAUGACUAAACAGCUAGGUUAAUUAAACAUUUUAUUUUAAUAUAUAAUACUGAUCUUUAAGAAAUAAAUAUUUAUCAAAUCAAUAUAAUUUGACAUGGGAAUUUUGAUAUUUCUUGACAGUAUAUCUUAAUGAAAUUCUAAAUUAGUUCUAUUAAGAUGUCAUACAAAUAUGUGUUUUGAGUGCUAUAGUGUAUCAAAUGACAUAUUAUUUGCCAAAACAUAAUAAGCUUAGGGGCUGUGAGAGAGGAGGUGGAUACACUUACACUGCCAAAAUCAUAAAUAUCAAUUUGCUUUAUUCACGUUUGGUUUAAAAAUAGGAUAUAAUGGGUAUGUUUAAGAUAACCUGUAAUUUUAAAAUGACUAUUUUUGUUAUUAUUAGAGUUUAUAAUUUUAGAUCAUAUAGUUUUAAUAGGAUUAAUUUAUCUUGGCUACAAAAUUAAUUGCAAAGAAGAUUCACUACUUAUUUAUUCAAGUCAAGAUUUCAAAUUUUUAUUGUAAUUUGUUUUUGCAUAUUAUUUCAUAUGCGAUAAAUAGCGUACGGCGAAAUUAUUUAUUGCAGAAGUAUGCAUAUUGGAUGGUAUUGUGUGGGUGAAUAAUUUUUAUCAUGUCAAAUCAAUGAUAUUGAAGUGAAGAUAACAUAUCUCAUUGACAUGACAUACCUAAAAGUAUAAUGAAAAAUCAUCACAAUUAUAAAUUUGAAAGAUUAAACAAUACAUAAUAAUAUAUGUAAUUUAAGCUUAAUACUUUAGCUUGCGAAAAAAAUUUUUUAUUAGUAAAUGUUUUUGCUUUUCUAGCCUUUUUUAUCAUCCCACAGCUCAACGUUGUUAAAUAAUUGAAAAGACUUGCGCCAUACGUGUCUUGUCCACCAGAUCUCCGCUGAGCGCUCUCGAGCUCUGCUGAAGCUGAGCCAUUUCACUAGCUAACAUAACUUAACCUAACACCUUAGAAGAUGUACAUGCAGACUUAUCAGCUAACUCUUGUAGAAAUUUUAACUUAUCUCCGAACAUAGUCAAAUGAUUUGUAAAACAGCUUUACUUUACUACUACCUACUACUUAUUACUAAUUAGAAUGUUGCAACAUAAUUUUAGGUGAUUUCACGAAUUAUGUAACUUUUACACAGUAACUGGUUUUAUAUUGAGGUCAUGGUGUAGUGUAGGUAUAAUUGGAUAGGUAUUAUUUAUCAUAGUAUCAUAAUUUUGUCAACGCACUCUAUAACUGGAAGCCCCAAAUUCAGAUUGACUAUUAUAACCUUAAAUGUAGAAAUUUGCUUCCUAAUGAAAUCGAAGUCAGCCAACUAAUUAUCUAACAUGUUAAUAAUCACAGAAUAAUUUUUUAAACCCAUUUCGUGUAAUAAUGUAUUAAAAACAUCAAUAAAAUGAUAUCCAUACAUGUCAGACAAUAAGAAUUAAAUUAGUCUGUUGAAAACAAA